AUGGGUGUACAGAACAGCAAACAGGUUGCGGACGCAGUUAUCGCUGCUUGCCAGCAGCAAGGUACCUCUGGAAGGAUUGACUGUAUUAUUUCUGAUGUAAAGUUCCGGACCCAACUUUCUAGCCUUUUAGCAGAAGUUCCCUCCUCGUUCAAACGAUUUAUCUGCAGCACACAAACGUCACCAAAAGACAAAACAGAAUAUGGAGCGGACGACAUAGUGCGUCAUAAGGCUUUUCACUCCCUAUGGAUCUCGUCGGGACCGCAACUCGAUCCAAACCUGGGGCCAGAACUUUUGCGAUGGUACAAGGAGCCGAGGACAAUUUUUGUAGGCUCUGAGGGUACUCUAAACCCGUCACCAGACUCUUCACUUGCUUCUUUUCUUGCGUCUGUCUAUCUCUUUACAAAAGAGAAGAAAACAGUCGAUAAUGUUCGUCGGAGGCUGUGCCUUAUCGCACUUGCGACUCUACUUGAUAAGCUCGAGGGCGUCUAUCUCACCAACUCGUUAGUUGAACGAGUUGCCGACAUUAUUGACCCGGAACGCGGAAAGAACCAGAAAGCAGAAGUCCUAGAGGGGUUGAAGUCAUUACUGGGAGCCGCAAGUAGGUACCGAUUACUCUCCGAAGAACUUGGAAUCGGCGAACUUUGCUGCCUUCCGCCUACUACUAGCGAUAAUCUAUGGACGGCUUAUUUACCAAAGUCCGGGAAAGUGCAUGAUGCAUGUGUGAAAUUGAUGUUGGACAAGGGUAUUCGGGAGCUAUCCUCAACUACCAUCAGCCCAAUAGAGCCUGUUACUGUUUCGCUGGCGGCGGCAAAAGUUGUUCAAUUCUGGAGAGAGAAGCUGGAUCUGUUUGGUCUGCAGUACACUCAGCCUGAGCCGCACCUCAGUCCUUCCAAGCCUGGUAGAAACCAGAGCGGUAUAACUUUCAACACCUCUUCGUCCGUGCAAACAAGAAAACGAAAACGUCAAUGGCAGGUUCUCCAAAAUGAUAUCCACGAGCAACAGAAUCCCUGUGUUAGCAUCCUGCACCAGCCUCCCGAUGCCAUAUCUUGCAACAGCUCUGGGAGUAAUCCUAGAAGCGUGCGGUCGAACCGGAAUUCGGUAUCACAUACACAUACGUGCACGCCACUGACAAGUCCUGGAAAUGAUUGUCAAAGUACAUUAUACAAGGAAGGCAAUGCUAGACAUCAACAUGAGGCACCCUCGCAGCCGAUGCUUACCAAUUAUUCUCUGGAGUCCCCCCGUCAUCAGCCUGAGCCAGGCCCAGGACGGCAAAUCCGCAAGGCCAGUUUCAUCCAACAGACAGCACCGCAGCCAGCCACAGUAUCACAAAAUGCAACGUGGAGAACCGAACCUGCGGUGGCUGGGCAAGCAUCCGGGACUUUCACCGAAGUAUCGAGGCAAACAAAUAUAUUCAUAUCAACAAGCCCACUAGGUCCAACCAGAAGCGAGGCGAAUCAUAGCCAGAUCUCCACCGUCUGUCCAUCAUCUCCUUCCGAGCGUCCAACUGUGCCAGCUCCUCCUGAACUCAGCACCGCCCAACAAGGACCUCAUUUUCGCUCACGGGCGGGGAGCGACGAAGAUGUGUCGGGUAUUUUUCGCAUUAGCGUGACUCUACCACUUACAACGACGCUUCUGUCUCUCCUGUUCUCCUUCAGAGUGGAGGUCUGUUUUACCACCCAUAUAUGCCACAACCCGAAGCGGCAGACGCCUGGCUUGCCGACCAACCCUCUAGCGGAGGCUUGUUCUACCACCCUUAUAUGCCACAACCCGAAGCGGCAGACGCCUGGCUUGCCGACCAACCCUCUAGCGGAGGCUUGUUCUACCACUCUAGUAUGCCACAACCUGAGGCGGCAGACGCUUGGCUGGCUGAUCAAAGCUCCCGUGGAGCCUUGUUUGACCAUCCGUCGACUAAUAUGCCACCAUCGGAGGCUGCAUGGGUCGCUGCAUCAACGAUACGCUCUGAGGGGCACUCUACUCUUCAGCCGGCCAGCAGUAUUACAGGUGCUGUUAUUGCUAAUUCGUGCACAUCGCAAGAUUCGCAGUCACUGCCGUAUGUUAGCUCCAAGGAAAUCCAACAAAAUGGUGCUAUCCAGCAUAUAUCCAGUCCCUUCUUCACUCAGGGACGGAGUAUCUUGGGGCGAGAAAAUAUGGUUUUCGCCAUAUGAAGGCUGCUUGUUUCUGUGGGUUGGAAAUAUAUAUAUAUAUAUACAAUGGUAA